UCACGCGGGGCCCCAAGAUGGCGGCAGCCGUGCAGCCGAGUGAACGCGCUCUCGAGCUGUGAACCGCACGCGCGCGCGCGCGUUGCUUUCCGCCGGCGACAACCGCGUGAGAUGGACCGGCUCGGCCGUGGAUCGCGCACGUAACGUCACAUCGAUCCCCGUAGCUCGCCGCGCGACGCCGUGUCCCGCCGUCGGCGAUGCCCGCCUGACUCAGCACGCGCUCUUCUUUCUCGAACCGGGUCGAAAGAAAAAGGAAACAAAAAGAGGAAAAAGAAGGAUAUCCCGCUCGUUAUCCCGGGACCCGCGAGCACUGUCGAGGGUGCCAGCGCGGCAUACCUCGCCGAAGGCGUCGCCGUCCUCGUCCUCGCCGUCCCUAGCGUCGCUGCGCACCACGACGAGAUAGCGCGCGAGGUCUCGCGGCGACUCGGUUUGUCAUGGCGACGAAGAAGUAUGACGACGGAGUGAGCGAUGACACCAGCGGGAGUGACUUUGACGACGAAGAGGAUCCCGAUAAAAUUGAAGUGCCUGGUGGCGGCAAAGAUCUCGCGACCGCCGCUGUGAUUGGAAGCAUCAAAGAUGAGAAGUCCGCGGACCUGCAGAGCUCUUUGGAUAACCUUGGAUCUUUGGAGAAAACGCAGGGGGCGUUAAACGAAUUGAACCAAAAAUUCGGCAACAAAAUUCCCGGAGGGUUGGUGAUGAAGGCCGCAGGGCCGGGUUACGAAAUGGUGCGCGUCGGUGGCUCUCAGGGACAAACCCCGCCAGGUUUUGUCGGCGCCGGUCAGUUGAAUCAACUGAAUCAGCAACUAGCGGCUGGAUAUCCCGCUUUUCCACCAGGACUGCCUCUUACAGGAUUCAACCCUGCCGCGUUUCUUCAAUCAAGCAUGGACAUGAACGCUUUUAUGGGUAGUUUCAUGGGUGUGCCUGGAAUGAACAUGGGGGUUAAUCCUUUCGUGCAGUUUCUUAAUCAAACUGGAAUAAGCCCCAAUUGGUCUGGGCUGUCAGGGAAAGCAGUGUCGCAAAUGUGGAUGAAUUCGGGCGAUCCGACAAAGUUGAUGCAACCAAAUAUUCCGGAAGAGGAAGAGGUGGACGACGAGGACAUGGGUGUCGCCGAGACUUACGCCGAUUAUAUGCCGCCAAAACUUAAACUUGGACGAAAGCAUCCGGAUCCAGUUGUGGAAACUGCGUCUUUGUCGAGCGUCGAGCCGACGGACGUCUGGUAUAAGCUCUCCAUACCGGAGGAGACGAUACGAACCGGCGCGCUCUCCGCGCUUCAGCUCGAGUCCAUCACGUACGCUGCUCAACAGCACGAGCACCUCCUGCCCGACGGCACACGCGCCGGCUUUCUGAUCGGCGACGGCGCGGGCGUUGGUAAGGGCAGGACUAUAGCCGGUAUUAUAUUUGAGAAUUACUUGAAAGGUCGAAAACGUGCCAUCUGGGUGUCGGUGUCGAACGAUCUGAAAUACGACGCCGAGCGCGAUUUGAAGGACAUAGGUGCAUCGAAAAUAGAAGUACACCCUUUGAAUAAAUUUAAGUACGCGAAAAUCUCGUCAGCCGUGAACGGUAAUGUGAAGAAGGGUGUGAUCUUCAGCACGUACUCCGCAUUAAUUGGCGAGUCGUCGCAGAGCGGCGGUAAAUAUAAGAGCCGACUGAAGCAGCUGUUGCAAUGGUGCAGCGAAGAUUUCGACGGUCUGAUAAUUUUCGACGAGUGUCAUCGAGCGAAGAAUCUGUGCCCCACCGGAAGUUCAAAACCUACUAAGACAGGAUUAACAGUCUUGGAGCUGCAGAACAAGCUUCCGAAGUCUAGGGUCGUAUACGCCAGCGCAACCGGCGCCUCCGAACCCCGCAAUAUGGCCUACAUGGUACGACUGGGUAUGUGGGGUGAGGGCACGCCUUUCCCGGAGUUCAAUGGCUUUAUCACUGCCGUGGAGAAGCGCGGAGUCGGCGCGAUGGAGAUCGUAGCGAUGGACAUGAAGCUGCGCGGCAUGUAUAUCGCUCGGCAAUUGAGUUUUCACGGUGUUGCCUUCAAGAUCGAGGAAGUGCCGCUUUCCAAGGAUUUUACCAAGGUCUACGAUCAUUCGGUGCGACUGUGGGUGGAAGCGAUGCAGAGGUUCCACGAAGCGGCGGAGCUAAUAGACGCCGAGAAUCGUAUGAAGAAGACAAUGUGGGGCCAAUUCUGGUCGGCGCAUCAGCGUUUCUUCAAGUAUCUCUGUAUCGCCGCGAAGGUGAAGCACGCGGUGGCCGUUGCCCGCGAGGCGGUCAAAUGUGGUAAAUGCGUGGUGAUCGGCCUGCAGUCUACCGGCGAGGCGCGCACCUUGGAACAGCUGGAACGUGACGACGGCGAGCUCAGCGACUUCGUUUCUACCGCAAAGGGAGUUUUACAAACGCUGGUGGAGAAACACUUUCCAGCGCCGGAUCGUAAUCGCAUCCAGCGCCUCCUCGGUCUAGAGCCGCCGAAGUUCAAGUUAGAGGAUGACGAUAUGGACGGUGCCGGCGGUUCUGCGGGAGGCAGCAAGAGGAAGCCGGUCCGUCAAGCGGCGCAGCGUGCGACGAAGAAGGUGCGCUCCUGGUCGUCGGAAGAGGAGAUCUCGGACGAGGAAAGGAACGGCGCUCACAGUUCUGGCUCAGAGUACAAAUUAAGUGGCACUGAGAGCGAGGACGAUCAUCACACGGACGAGGAGAGCAACGUCAGCUCCGAUUUCAAUCCGUUCUUCAGCGACAGCGAUUCCGACGUCGAUCCCUGGGACAGGCGGAAGAAAAAGGGCAAGAAGCAGAAGAAACCCGCGAAGAAGCGUCUGAGCACGCAGGAUAAAAUCCAGUCGAUGCUGGUGCACAAACAGUCCAGCAAUAAAAGUAAACGCAAUGGCGACACGGCGAUCAGCGGGCCGAUGAGCGCCAUGAGCGGAAGUCUGCCUUAUAAUCAGGCACCGCCUAGAGACGCUAUCGAGAGGGCCUGCAGCAUGAAGGAAGAAUUGUUGUCGCAAAUAGAGAUUCUUGGCGAUCGGUUGCCACCAAACACGCUAGACCAAUUGAUAGACGAACUCGGUGGGCCGGAAAACGUCGCGGAGAUGACUGGUAGGAAGGGCCGCGUCGUGCAAAGGGAAGACGGUGGAAUAGAGUACGAGUCCAGGUCUGAGGUGGACGUUCCUUUAGAAACUCUCAAUUUAACGGAGAAGCAAAGGUUUAUGGAUGGCGAGAAGACUGUAGCGAUAAUCUCCGAAGCGGCCAGUAGCGGUAUAUCGUUACAAAGCGACAGGCGAGCUAGAAAUCAAAUGCGACGUGUGCAUAUCACGCUCGAGCUGCCGUGGAGCGCGGACAGAGCGAUACAGCAGUUCGGACGGACGCAUCGGUCGAAUCAGGUCAACGCGCCGGAGUACAUAUUUCUUAUAUCGGACUUGGCCGGGGAGAGGCGGUUCGCCUCGAUCGUCGCGAAGCGUCUGGAGAGUCUGGGCGCGUUAACGCACGGCGAUCGUCGCGCGACGGAGACACGAGAUCUCUCGCAGUUCAAUAUCGACAACAAGUACGGUCGCGCGGCUCUGGAAGCGACGAUGAAGACCAUCAUGGGGUACGAGCCGCCGUUGGUGCCGCCGCCCCAGGAUUAUCACGGUGACUUCUUCAAGGAUGUCGCGGACGCGCUAGUGGGCGUGGGUUUGAUUUGCAAUACCGAGAACACGCCCGGUGUGCUGACGCUCGACAAGGACUACAACAACAUGUCGAAGUUCUUGAAUCGCAUCCUCGGGAUGCCAGUCGAUCUGCAAAAUCGUCUGUUCAAGUACUUCACCGACACGCUCAACGCGAUCGUGACUCAAGCUAAGAAGACCGGGCGCUUCGAUAUGGGUAUUCUUGACCUAGGCACCUCGGGUGAGAACGUGCGCAGGGUAAGGCUUUACCGGUUUCUGAGGAAGCACGCAACCGGCAAGGCGCCGACGGAACUGCACGUGGUCCAUGUCGAGCGCGGUAUGAGCUGGUCCGAGGUCACGGACAAAUUCGCGGAGCUGACUGGAUCCAAGGAGGGUUUCUAUCUGAGUCAUCAGAUCCGCAAUGGCAAGCAGACGGCCAUUCUCGCGGUCGUGGUGGACAGCAGCAAGAAAAAAUCCGAGGGCAAAAAGGAUCAGCUUUAUAUGAUAUACAGGCCCAACACGGGUCUGCAGCUGCGGCAGGAGUCCCUGGGCGAAUUAGAGAAGAAGUACAAGAAGGUGAGCACCGACGAGGCAGAGCCGCACUGGACGCAGCAGUACGAGGCCUCCGUAAACACGUGCUCGCACGCGUAUUGGAGCGGCAACUGUAAAAACUCCACUAUCGGUAUAGACUGCGAGGUGGGGCUAAGAAGACGUUCCUAUAAUGUAUUAGCCGGUUCAGUUCUGAGCGUUUGGAGCCGCGUGGAAAACGUGCUCGCCACACGAUCUGGGCAUAAUUCUAAGAUGCAAGUUAUACGACUGCGUACGGAUGAAGGGUUGAAGAUUGUCGGGACGCUUAUCCCGAAGUCUUGCAUGGAGCCGUUACGUCAGGCUCUCUCCUCCGACGCGGAGAAGGUGGAGGAACAGACGUUUUAAGCGCCGAGUCUCUCGUGUCAAGGAUAUAAAUAGGACCAAGUGAGGCUCUCGACGUGACGUAGUAUGCCGUGACUGUAGGAGGAUUCCUCUUAUUUCCUAAACCUUUCGUCCACACGCGAAAAAAAGGACUGAAUGACGAGCACAACCGUGAUCGAGCGUGUUCGCGUAUAUAUUAUUAUUACUUACCUGGAACUGUUGAGAUGCGCUACCGAGAAUAGAUUCCAAAUUGAAUCUACCGAUCAGCGCGCGAGACACGAGCAAACGCUUCCGAUUAACAAUCGACAAGGCUAAGAUCGCAAUUUGCUGUUUUUUUUUUGUCACGUCUAUAUAAUCGCGAGAAAUUAUAGCAUUCACCCACCGCA